CUCCCACACCACCAUCAUUGACCCGUUGCAAAUUCUAAUAAACACACAGCUUCUAUCGCUAUACUCUUGUAUUUUAUUUUCUGUCGUAGAAAUGGCCACUUCGAAAUUGUUCAGGCGCGCUCCAUGUCCGCGGCUUUCCCAUGACCCUAUGUUGGCCCCUUCCCAAAAGGGGCGAAGCGCGCAGUCUCACCUCCUCAGGAGAGACAUCAAAUGCCGGCUCAUCUCUUUCUGCUAACAAUGCAGAAGGAUAAUUUGUAAUCGAUCCAACAUGGUGUUGUACAAAGUCGCGAGCGUCAUCACCGGAACCGCUUCUGAUGCGUCCAAAGCCGAUGAAGGUGCCUCCCUCACAACGGUCCUCGAAACUCCCGCCCUCCGUAUAGAACUCGCGCUUCUCAUACUCCUAUGUACCGAUUCUAUGAGACACGAGCUGCGCGCCACCUUUGACCCCGAUCAGACUCACGAGCCGAAGACGUCCAACACAGCUUCUCCUCCACCGUCGCGAAGUCCGGUGCACGACCUGAUAAGCUUCGAUGGGCCGCAAGAUGAGACAUCGCUCGUCGCGGAAAGGGGAAGGAGCCGGCGCCAGAACGAGACUGAACGUCCGGAGAUGCAAGCUUUACGCCGGAGUGCUCUCACGUUCUUCGAUAAGUGGCGUGCCGGCGUCCUCAAUCGGGUCUGCGAAGUCCUCUGCUUGCGGAGCGAGGUAGUAAAACAAGCAAAGAUGAGGAGAGCGCGGGAUAGGGAGAACGCCCAGAGGACGAAAGAAGGUACGGCGCUGCUGAUUGAUCUUGGUAUUGAUCCUUUCGCCAAUUUCACCUCCGCCAACAAACAUGACGAGAAGUCUGGGUUCUAUGAGCGCAUCGACAACAAAAUAGCCGGUCUAGAGAAGGAGAAACGGAUACUGAUACUUCACUGCAUUUUGCUUCUCCUUCUAAGCUUGUUGGAUUAUCCUGCCCAUUCGCGCAUUCUGCUCCUCCGUUUGGCUUGCAGUUUGGGGAUUGAACUUGAUACUGUUGCCGAACAUGAAAAAUCGGUUGCUCAGGGACUCCUCGCAACCGUUGCCUCUCGAAUGGAUGCGGAAGAAGCUGCUAAGAAGCAAGCCUCACAGGACUCGGCCACGAAUAAGUGGAAAAUCGGGCUUGCUGCUGUAGGCGGAGCUGUGCUUAUCGGUGUCACUGGAGGUCUUGCUGCGCCACUGCUGGCUGCCGGCGUUGGCACUGUGAUGGGCGGUUUAGGCCUCGGCGCCAUAUCCGGCCUAUUAGGCACGCUUGCCGGAAGCUCUGUGCUCGUGGGGUCACUGUUCGGAGCCUAUGGUGGGAAGAUGACGGGGAGGUUGAUGAAGCAGUAUGCCCGCGAAGUGGAUGACUUUGAAUUCAUCCCGAUUCAAGAUCCGAGCCGUCCAUCUGUACAGGGUGCCAGCGAGUGGUCAGACGAGGAUGAGGCUCGCGACCCCGCGAAGAGGGAGCAGCAUAGGCUCAGAGUUUCCAUUGGCGUAAGCGGAUGGCUGAACUCCCCGUCAGAUGUCAACAAGCCUUGGGAGGUCAUCGAUAGUACGGGCACGGAGCCCUUCUCCCUUCGGUUUGAACUGGAAUCCAUGCUUCGCCUGGGCAACUCGCUCAACGAUGUCCUCUUCAGCUACGCCUGGGAUGGCGUGACAUAUACCGUCGUCAGCCGUACGCUUCUUGGGGCACUGUAUGCCGGACUGUGGCCGCUUGGACUUGUCAAGGUCGCCAGCGUCCUCGACAACCCGUUUUCCGUCGCCAUCGCACGGGCAGACAAGGCCGGAAAGGUUAUGGCGCGGGCUCUCAUUGACAAGGUGCAGGGCCAGCGCCCAGUUACCUUGAUCGGGUAUUCCGUCGGAGCUCGAGUGAUCUAUUCAUGCCUGAAGGAGCUCGCUGAGCAGCAUGUGUUCGGGCUUGUGGAAUCAGUCGUUCUCAUGGGUGCGCCAGUACCCUCUGACAGCUUCGCGUGGCGGCAGAUACGAUCUGUGGUCGCAGGACGCGUGGUCAAUGUCUAUAGCACUGAAGAUUACAUUCUGGGUUUCCUUUACAGAUCUACCAAACUCCAAAUGGGUGUAGCUGGGCUCCAGGAUGUAAAGGAUGUUCAUGGCAUAGAGAGCUUCGAUAUGAGCAAGCUCGUUUCUGGACAUGACAAAUACCGCUAUCUGGUUGGCAGUAUACUGGUCAGGAUAGGAUUUGGGGAAGUCGACUUCAACAAGGCCGCCGAACAAGAACGUGCGCUGGAGAUGGCUGAGCGGAAGAAGGAACAGGUUCGUGCGCAAGUCCGCAGACACAAAAAAGACAGCCAGCAUGGAGACCCAUCCUCGCAAG